AUUAAUAUUGAUAUUGAUGAGGAAUAUGAACGUUUUAGCACCAUUCCAGCUGUUGGAGCUCAAUGUGAUCUCGGCCCAGGACUUGGAGCCCGUAAGUCGUCGCAAAAUGCGGACCUACGCGGUGGCUUGGGUGCAUCCGCAACGCAAGCUGUCGACCCGAAUCGACAACCUAGGCCACACCAACCCGACGUGGAACGACAAAUUCGUUUUCCGCGUCGACGACGAGUUCCUCCACGGUGACACGUCGGCCGUCAUGAUCGAACUCUACGCCGUCCAUUGGUUCCGCGACAUCCACGUGGGAACCGUCCGGGUCAUCGUCGGAAACCUCAUAUCGCCGCCUACGUCUCGGCCGCGCCAUCGCCACGAAGUCCAGAUAGGGAUGAGGUUCGUGGCGCUUCAGGUUUGGAGGCCAUCGGGUCGGCCCCAAGGGAUUUUGAACAUUGGGGUGGCGUUGCUUGAUAGUUCAAUGAGGAGCAUGCCUUUGUAUAUGCAAAUGGGGUCGUCGGCGGUCGGGUAUCGGCAUUUGAUGGGUGAGGAGAUUCAAAGCUCCAAUAAUAAUAAUAAUAAUAAUCCUUCCAUCACUAGCAAAAGCAAUAACCCUCAGCUUUUGCUUAAUGGGCUAAUCAAACCCAUGCUCCGACGAACCAAGAGUGAUUCGAGUUCGAUGUUCUCGUCAGAUUUAAAGAGCAAGAGAUCCAUUAAAGGCGGGUCAGUGGUUAAUGGGGGCUCAAUGGUUAAUGGUGGGUCAAUCGUUAACGGGUCAGAAAUUGGGAAAACCUAUAGAAUUAAUUCAAGGGGAAGUUCCAUGGUAAAUUACACAUUUGAGAAGAGUAAACUGGGAAAACCAAGUUCCAUUAUUAACGGGUCCCAGGAUCCAGGAAAAAAAGGUUCGGAAGUUACGGGGCUGUCCAAGAAAAUAGACAAGGGGACCAACGAGAAAAACGGUCCAAAAGCUGUGGUGAAAUCAUCAGCCGCCAAGUCACCGGGUGGGUUUAAAUAUAACGGGUUGGAUUACGGGGCUCCAAGAAAAAUGGGUGGGGGUACAUUUUGCACCGAUUCAGAGUUGGGUCCAUCCCCAUCCGAGGUGGCAGCAGCCAUGGCCAGAAACAUGUACCCCAACAGAAUGGAUGAGACAGAGAGCUCCUUGGUGGACGAGUGGAGUCUAGAUGGGAGCAUCGAGGGGCUUCGGUCAAAGCUGGACAGGUGGAGAACCGAACUCCCACCAGUGUACGACCGAGGUGAAUUUUCUAGUUACCUGUCUAGCGGGAUUCCUACAACCACCAAAAAAACCAGACAUGUUCGAAGACACACUGUCAAUGAGGGUUUGUUUUCAUGUUUUGGUAACGUUUGUGGAUGUGAAAUCUCCAUUUCUUGUGGGCCUAGUGGGGCAGCAGCAGCAGCUAGAGAAAAGGGCAAGUUGCGCCGAACCCAUUCCACGGAUAACUUGAGUUUCCUUUGAAGUUUGAGAAUCAUAAGGACUAAAUUGUAAAGGCAGUAGUUUUUCUUUUUUAUUUGGACGAGUACAAAAUGGAGGGGGACAAUGGCUUCUGAAGAUUGAUGGAAGUCGCUUAGGCCAUUCUUUCCCAUUUAUUUUUCUUUUUCUUUUUCUUACUGUUUUGUAGUUCGUGUACUGAAAUCACAUCCCAUUUUAUACUUGGGGGAAAAAGAAAAAGAACAAGAAAAAUGAUGCUAAUGGUUGAGGGUUGUUGCUCGAAAUUUAUGAACCUUUUGUCAUAAUUCAAACAUUAAUAUGUGUUUUCUGGGAGGGGCUAGAGAAAUUUUGUGUUUCAAUAUUGAAGGUUUACUUGGAUGAAAUCAAUGCAUGGUUCGGAUU